UCCAAUAUGGCAAACUUUUACCAGCAGAUAUGACCGUUUGUUGACACGUUGAACCCGCUGUACAACAAAAUGACCGAGCCGAGAAGUGAAGGCGGGUUAGUUCGCUACUGCUGCACCGCCGGUAACGGGAUGGAGCCUUUGUUAGCUGACGAGGUGAAGAGGAAGCUGGCAGCUGAAGAUGUGUGUCAGAUGCCAGGUAAGGUGUUGUUCAGUUCCUCUGCGGGGAUCGCCAGAGUCAGUCAGCUAAAGGCUGCAGAGAGGCUCUUCCUCCUGUUGAAACAUGACUCACCUGUGAGAUUCUCUGCCCACAGCAGCCCAGCCAAGGCAGCCUCUGUGCUCCAAUCCAGACUGUUGGAUGACAGGAAUCAAUGGACCAGUGCUGUACUGACAUGGAGCCGCCUGCAGGGGGAGCUAUCUGACAGGAGAACUUCUGUCAACAUAUCAAACGCUGCCCGGGUCAUGAAAAGGAACGAGGAGGGGAGAGGGAGUGAAGAACAGAGGGAAGAGGAGGAGAAGUGCAAUGUGGAGCCUGGAGAGAGUAAGGGAGAGCAGAGGGAGGAGGAAAGAGGGAACAGGAGGCUGAGAAGUGGCGAAGAAAAUGGAGCACGGGCACUGGAAAAGAAGAGAAAAAGAGAGACAGCACAGAAAGGGGAGAAUAUGAGCAGAGAAACCAAUGGAGUUGAAGCCCAGGCACUGGAGAAAAAGAUCAAACGGGAUGAUGAAGAGGAGUCCAGUUGUGACAAAAGUGCAGAGAAACAGAGGACAUCUGAAAGAGCACCAAAGAGAGACGACAAAGAUGAUGAUGAAGAGGAGAGGAGGAUGGUUAUGGAGUUUAGUAGCUGUAGACAAAAUGUUAAAAGAGGAAUUAUAUCAGAAACUGGUUUGCAUGGCAGAGCAGCAACAGCGAUAGACCACAAUGUGGAAAGUAGCAGCAGGGACAUAGAUGACAAGGCAAAGGGCUGUGCUGUGGAAAACAUGGAACAUGUGAAAACUACUGAGGGAGAAGAGAUGACACUACUGCAGCCCAGCAGGAUCAAACCACAGAUUACUUCAUCUGUCCCAGUCUCUUUUAGGAUCAACUGCAAGUGUACUGGAUCUGUGUCUCGGUACUUCAGCACACAGGAGGUGAGCAAGGUGAUUGGGGUAGGUUUGGGCCGACUGCUGGGCUGGAAGGCUGAUCUGAAGAAUCCACAGCUGGAGGUAAAUGUUUAUUUGAGUGAUGACCACUGCCUGCUGGGGAUUCCUCUGACCAGGCUGCCUCUGGCUAACCGGAGCUACAUUAAAACCACAGGAGUGAGGUCUACAAUAGCCUGGGCUAUGGCCUCACUGGCAGAGAUACAGCCAGGUGUCUGUGUAGUCGACCCAAUGUGUGGGGUGGGAACCAUCUUAAUAGAAGCAGCGCAGGAACACAAGUGGCAUCUGAUGUCUCACUCUCCAUGGGAUCCUCAGGCUGCCUGUUUCCUGGGUAUGGACAUUGAUGAUAGACAGCUGCAGAAGGCCAACGAGAACAUAGAGUUUGCGGAGUUGGGAAACAAGAUACACCUUCUUAAAUCUUCAUCUAUGGUGCUGCCUCUGCCCAGCGCCAGUGUAGAUGCUGUGGUCUGUGACCUGCCAUUUGGCAGGAAGUUUGGCACCAAAACGGACAUGGCUGCCAACCUGCCAGUCAUUGUCACUGAGAUGGAGAGAGUCCUCUGCGUUGGUGGUACCUUGGUUCUCCUCCUGAGUCCUCAGUUGUCCUGUCUCCUAAAAAAAGUCCUGGCAGAAAAAGACACUGGGCCAACGUCUAACCAGGAAACAAAGCCUCAAACUGGAAUACAAGCCAAUCAACUUCCUUCCCCAUCUUCCAGAAAGCAGCAAGCUUUCCAGAUCCAUUCAGGGUUGAAAUCCUCACCUACCCAGGAAACAGACACUCAGUCUGGGCUCCAACACAGUCUGCCUCAGCCCCUCUGCUCUCUGAAGCUCCAGGCAACUCUGAGAGUUAGCUUAGGUGCGAUAGAUGGACUUAUCCAUAAGUAUGUCAAGAUAGAUGCAUGAUCAGUGUUGAUGGAAGGCACAUUUCAAAGUAAUUUGUUUUUUAAUUAAUUUUUUUUUUUUUACUAUGAAAAGUAAGUAGUUAUUCUGAAAUACCAUGCUUUAUUAUAACUACUCUGUGACAUAUUUUUCAAAUGCAAACAUUACUUAAAUGUGAGUAAACAGCGCAGUUGUUGGGGACUGUUUUCAAUAUGUAAAAUUCAUUUGAAAAUAAAAGACUGGUAUACACAAAUACAUGCUUUGUGAUGCACUACAAAAUUAAAUGUUACUCAUGUGCUAUCCAGAUGCCAUGUCUAUUAGACACCUACCUGUUUGUUUUUGAG